AUGCUACCUUCCAUCUCAAAUCUAUUAAUGAAUAGCAAUGAUCCACCUACCCUGAACUUGUCUCCAGCUUCGCCUACAUUACUGCCAUCUACACCGCCACAUUCAGAGAAAUCACCUCGCUAUCUUACAAUAGAUCAAUACAACAUCUCGCCUAUACUAUCUCCUAUUGAUACCCCUCGUUCACUGCCUCCAUUGCAAGGCGAUGAUCCACCUCAAAGAUUGCGCUUGCCAUCACCAUCUCCACAGCCAACAAGCCCAGUUUCUCCAAAGCACAUGCUGAACAAAUGGCCCACACCAUCCGUAUCCACAUCUUCUUCGUCAACAUCUACCACAUCUACAGCCUCAAUGGCAUUGGCUUCUCCUCCCCUUCUUUCAGUGGCUGCACCUCAACCUCCCCAUCAUGUCAGACAUCGCACCUUGAGUGAAGAUUUACAUACACACUAUCGUCAGCCUCCACCUUCGUUUGCCUACCAUCACCAAUCACACCAACAGUAUCCACGCUUCACUCAAUCUGCAUCUCCUUCUCCACCACCUUCGCACCAGGAAUUGCAAGUGCCUCAACAAAGACAAAGAUCAGUGUCUACAUCUCAUGAUAUCCCCAGUACGCAAAUCGUAUUUGAUGCUUCAGGACAGCCUGUCUUGAAAAGAAGACGAGGCAGACCACCUACUAUGAGAGAUGCCAAUAGCUUUGAUGGUGGCUGGACAUUCUUAGCGCCAACAGUCUGGGAUGUCCAUGUGUCUGAAGAGCAAAAAGAGAGAGAAAUACAAGCAGAUCAGAGAAUCAGCAAUGCACCUGUUUCAUUGCCACAGAAUACAAACAACGAACAUUUAAUGAACGAUGCCAUGAACGCCUUUACAAACUCGAAUAUGGAUACAAUACUACAUAUGCCUCGUAAAAAGAGAGGCAGGAAACCAAAGACACAUAUUGCCGGCAACUCUUGCUUUGUGUGGAAAGAUCUGACAUCGACUCGAUCCUCAAAUAGCAGCGCACCAAAGAAAUAA